AAACGAUAUCAUCAGAAAAACCGUGUCCACAAAGGGCCGAGGAUGUUACAAUGCCUAAACUUUUGUUUUCAAAAUUUCGCAUUUAUGAUUUUAAGGAUCUCAUGCCAAACAUGAAGCGGCCCAGAAGGAUGGAUAUAAUACUGACCAGGAAGAGGCAGAAAAAGGACGUCCAGUCCCAGACGGAAGCAAAAAUAAAGGAUGGGAGCUACGCGUCGCACCUUAGCUGGCAGGGGGAACACAAACUUCACCUAUCUCUGGAAAAACUGCUGAAAGAUAAAAAGUGCUUGGCGGCGUUCCACUCGUUCCUCAAGUCUGAGUUCAGCGAGGAGAACGUGGAGUUCUGGCUGGCGUGUGAAGACUUCAGGUUAACGUCGUCCCAGGACGAGCUGCGCUGGCGGGCCGAGGAAAUCUACCUGGAGUUCAUCCGGCCGGCCGCCUGCAGAGAGAUCAACGUCGACCACCACGUCAGAGAAAAGAUCAAGAAGUCCCUGGAGAAACCGAGUCGCUGCUGCUUCGACGAGGCCCAGAAACACGUUUACCUGCUGAUGCAGAGAGACUCGUGCCCCCGAUUCCUGCACUCCGACGCCUACCUGAGCCUCAGGCGCAAAUCCAGGACUCUAUGA